GUUCCCGGCCCCAUCCGCGGUCCCGGGGGCGGAGCGGCCCCGCAGGCGGUGCAGGGCACGGCGGAGCGGGGGGAGAGGCGGGGGGGGGUCGCGGGGCAGCCGUUGCCAUUUGUGUCGCUGGCGCGGGGCCCGUCCGGUGCCCGCUGUCCGGUGCCCGCUGUCCGGUGACGGGUGCCCGGCUCCGCGGGCGCUCGGAACCGCCGACCCCGACCCCGGGGCUGCCGCCGUCCCCCCCUGAGCAGGUGCCCGCAGCCGCCCACCAUGGCAGAAGCUCACCAGGCCGUGGCCUUCCAGUUCUCUGUCACCCCUGAGGGCUUGGACUUCCACCUGAGCCGGGAGGCCGUGCGCCAGCUCUACCUCGCCGUCGUCUCCUCCUGGAAGAAGCGCUUGGUCCGCGCCAAGAACAGCUUCCUGACUGGUGUCUACCCGGCCUCCCCGUCCAGCUGGAUGGUGGUGGUGGUGGCCACCGCUGGCUCCUUCUACUGCCAGGUGGAUCCCUCGCUGGGGCUGAUCGCCCGCAUCCGCCACUGCCUGCCCGAGAGCCCCCUGCUGGGCGCCGAGGGCCGCACGGCGGUGAGCGUCGGCGUCUUCUCCACCGGGGUCUGGCUCUCGGCGGUGCUCAUCUUCCGGCAGCUGCUGAAGCUCCUCCUGUCCUACCACGGCUGGAUGUUUGAGCCCCACGGCAAGAUGAGCCGCAGCACCAGGAUCUGGGUGGCGCUGAUGAAGCUGCUGUCUGUCCGCAAGCCUCUGCUCUACAGCUUCCAGACCUCCCUGCCCAAGCUGCCUGUGCCCUCCGUGCAGGCCACCAUCAGCCGGUACCUGGAGUCGGUGCGGCCUCUGAUGGACGACGAGAAGUACGGCAGGAUGGAGGCUCUGGCCAAGGAGUUCAAGGAGAAGACAGCCCCGCGGCUGCAGAAGUACCUGGUCCUCAAGUCCUGGUGGACGACCAACUACGUGAGUGACUGGUGGGAGGAGUACAUCUACCUGCGUGGCCGCAGCCCUCUCAUGGUCAACAGCAACUACUACGCCAUGGACUUCCUCUACGUGACCCCCAGCCACAUCCAGGCUGCCCGGGCGGGCAACGCUGUCCACUCCAUGCUGCUCUACCGCCGCAAGCUGGACCGGGGAGAGAUCCCCCCCAUGAUGGCGCUGGGCAUCGUGCCCAUGUGCUCCUACCAGUCGGAGCGGAUGUUCAACACCACCCGCAUCCCGGGCAAGGAGACGGACACGCUGCUGCACUUGGUGGACAGCAAGCACCUGGCUGUGUACCACAGGGGUCGCUUCUACAAGGUCUGGCUCUACUACGGGGGGCAGGUGCUGCCCCCCCGGGACCUGCAGCUCCAGUUCCAGAGGAUCCUGGAUGACCCCUCCCCCCCCCAGCCCGGGGAGCAGCACCUGGCAGCGCUCACUGCCGGCGACAGGGUGCCCUGGGCAGAGGCCCGUGCCCGCUUCUUCAGCCAGGGGAAGAACAAGGUGGCCCUGGACGCCAUCGAGCGGGCAGCCUUCUUCCUGACCCUGGACGAGGAGGAGCACGGCUACAGCGAGGGCAAGGAGGGCUGCAUGGACGCCUACGCCAAGUCCCUGCUCCACGGCCAGUGCUAUGACCGCUGGUUCGACAAAUCUUUCACCCUGGUGGUCUACAAGAAUGGGAAGCUGGGGGCCAACGCCGAGCACUCCUGGGCCGAUGCCCCCAUUGUUGGGCACCUCUGGGAGUUCAUGCUGGCGACCGACAAGUUCCAUCUGGGCUACACGGAGGAUGGCAACUGCAAGGGGGAGCCCAACACAGCCCUGGCACCGCCCCAGCGCCUGCAGUGGGACCUGCCCGAGGAGUGCCGCGCAGCCAUCGAGGGCUCCCUGCGGGUGGCACGGGCGCUGGCACAGGAUGUGGACUUCUCCUGCUUCCAAUUCUCAGCCUUUGGCAAGGGGCUGAUCAAGCGCUGCCGCACCAGCCCUGACGCCUUCAUCCAGCUCUCCCUGCAGCUGGCACACUUCCGCGACAAGGGCAGAUUCUGCCUGACCUAUGAGGCCUCCAUGACGCGGCUGUUCCGCGAGGGCCGCACCGAGACCGUCCGCUCCUGCACGGCCGAGUCCGUCGCCUUCGUGCGCAGCAUGGGAGACCCCCGCCGCAGCCGCUCGGAGCGGCAGAAGCUGUUCCAGCUGGCAGCCACCAAGCACCAGCAGCUGUACCGCCUGGCCAUGACGGGCGCGGGCAUCGACCGCCACCUCUUCUGCCUCUACAUCGUCUCCCGCUACCUGGGGGUCCGCUCCCCCUUCCUCGACCAGGUGCUGUCGGAGCCCUGGCGCCUCUCCACCAGCCAGACCCCGCAGCAGCAGCUGAAGAUGUUUGACAUGGCACAGCACCCUGACCACGUCUCCACCGGGGGUGGCUUCGGCCCCGUGGCAGACGAUGGCUAUGGGGUGUCCUACAUCAUCGCUGGGGAGAACCUGAUCAACUUCCACAUCUCCAGCAAGUUCUCCAGCCCCGAGACGGACUCGAAGCGCUUCGGAGGCCACAUCCGCCAGGCCAUGCUGGACAUCGCCCAGCUCUUCGACGUGCCCCCUGCCAAGGGGGCACAGUGAGUGGGCACUGGGCCC